AGUGAGGUGUCGGCUGAUGGCACAGUUGAGUGCUAUCAGUGUGUGAUAGUGAACAACUACAAGAAAAGAAUCAUUCGGAAAUAGGAGAAUAUAUCACACUUUCAAAACCUUUUGAAAAUGAGAUAUGCAUGGGGCUAGAGGAGUUUUGCCAGUGAGCUGCCGAGCGGACCUUCCCAAGACGGUGAACUCCCAGCAUGGACGCAAAUGAUUUCCCACCCCCUCCUCCAGAAAUGCUCGUGGAGGAGUCCCCAUUCCUGGAGGAAGACGAAGGGGAGCAGUUUGAGUUUGACGACAGCGGAGAUGAGGCUCCCGAAGCAGACAGGCCGCCCCCCACCCCUCCCGCCCCUGACUAUGGGGGCCAGGGCGAUACCAAAGACACACCACAGGCUCAGGAGUGCGGGCCCAAGCCCGUGGAGGGGCAGGCCCCAAAUCCAGUAAACACCACAGACCCAGCCCCAUCAGAAAUGGAUGGGGAUUUCCCCCCACCUCCAGAGGGCGCUGCAGCAUCUUGCCCAGACACAGCUCCUGCAGAGGAGGACGGCUCCAGCGAAGACCCCGCCCCUCCCCCGGCAGCUCCCAGGACCACCUCCCAGGGGAAGACGAGCCCAUACUCUGUGAUCGACAUCGCCCCCCUGCAGCCCCCCUCCUCCCCAGAGGCCGACAGCAGUGUCCCAGAGGACCCCGCCGUCCCCCCAGGGUACUCUGUCCCCUUGCCCUGCGGGUAUGCCGUUCCCUCCAACGUCCCCGUCAUAACGCCAGCCUACACCACACCCGUCAUCAUUCGACACCUCUCCGUAGACGAGGACGAGGCUUUGCGAUGA